ACCACAAAUUGGACGUUCUCUCUUUCUCUUUCUCUCUCUAAGGUUUUUGCGAGAGGGUUUUACAACUCUUCCUCUUUCUGAAACGCCUCCUCUCAUGGCGGACUGCAAAACCUCCGUUUCUUCUCUCUCUCUCUAGAAGAGAAGAGCUAUUAUCCUUCUCUCUCUAAAAGAAUGGUGGUAUUCGCUGGAAGAGCAAUCGUCCUUUCAGUAGGAAAAUGGUUGGGUUUGUAGAGAGAGAGGUUUUUCAUGGUGUAUUGAUUAAGGAGGGGGCUUGAAGUAACAAGACGGCCGUGAAGAGCAACAGGCUGGGGAGAGUUGCAGAGAUAAUGGGUUUGGGGGUGGUUACUGCGCAAGGGGUGGGAGGCCCUUUCAAGCCCUGCUGCUACUGCUCCCCUUCUUUUUGGUUCUCUUCCUCUUCUUCUUCUUCUUCUUCCACCCAUUUUUACAGACGUGUAGCUUCAGUCCAUUCCUUUGCAGCAUCUGUCAAGGGGUUUCAGAGGCAAGAAAUUGGUUCUUUCCAGGAAGUAGAUAGUACAUAUUCAAAUCAUUCACGUCUUGCCCCUCUAAAGUUUAGAAGUGUUGCAACUCUAGCUUCCAGAUCAGUUAUUUUGGAAAGCCAAACUGGUAUUCUGAAUGAUGCAGAUGGGUCAUCUCGUGUUCUAGACUUUGAAGUCCGCACUAAUUUGAGGAGCUCACACUCCUCAUCCAAUAGACGGUUACCAUACUUCACCAACGGGCCUGAUCCCAGGGGGGAACGAUCUAGGUCAACGAGCUUAGUUAAUUGGCAAAAUACAGAAGAUGAACAUAGACAAAGUCUAAGGAGUCCCAUAAAUGAGCCACUAAUAACUGGAACUGGUAGAGUUCCUCCUUUUAGAACACAUAAUUCUGGUGCUUCAGUGGAUGGCAUCAAUGCUAGGUGGCUUGAAGAGAGUAGAAAGAUGAGGGCAUCAAGAUUAGGUCAGCAACCUUCUUGUAAUAUGUCGGAUGGCUCAGUGACCGCAGAAAUUUCACGAAGUGGUACAAUUUUACAAAAAGAAAAGAAUGACUUGGUUUGUUUGAAAGGAAGAACCCCUCAUGUAAAAGACCCACUUCGAAGUACCUCCUUUUAUGGCCAGAAAUUAGAAGAAAAUCAUGUGGUGAAAUCAGUCCUAAAUACCCCAUACAUGAGAGAGAGCAUGCGUGGUUCUAUGACUAACAUGCGUGAUGAUCUUUUUCGUCUAAAGAAUGGAAAUUAUUAUGCCCAAGAAGGUCAAAUGAUGUCUUCUAACCGCCCCUCGUAUUUGGAACCCACCCAAAAUGACUUGGGUGUUAAGAACAAUUGUUCAUUUUCUGUUGCAAAUAGUCCUGUGAGAACUCAAAUGAAGGAAGAUGCUGCAGUAGAUCUUCCUACACACUUAGGAGUAUUGAGGAAACAGAUUGAGGGAGAGCAUGCACAGACUAAUGGGUCUUUGAUUAAGAAGGUGGUGUUCCAAAAUAGUGUUGUUCCUUAUGAAUUUGUGGAAGAGAUAUCAGAUGAUGCUAUGGCAGAGGAGAUUUUGAAUGGACAAGCUGUCAAUAGUGAAUCCAUUGAUACCUUUGUUGAGAAAGUGACUACUAAGACUGAAUCCAAUAAUGCACAGGCUGAGCAGAGAAAGAAGCUUUUAUGUCUCUAUGAUAAAGUUCUCAUAGUUGACAAUCUCUCAGUGGCAAAGUCUGUUGUUUCAAAAUUAACUAAGGAGUACCGGCACCUUGUCCAUGCAUGCGAUACAGAGGUUGCUAAGAUUGAUGUGAAGGGGGAAACCCCAGUGGGUAAUGGAGAAGUUAUUUGUUUCAGCAUCUAUUCGGGUGAAGCAGAUUUUGGAAAUGGAAAAUCAUGUAUCUGGGUAGAUGUUCUUGAUGGUGGGAGAGAUAUGUUGAUGGCAUUUGCGCCCUUUUUUGAAGACCCAGCUAUAAAAAAAGUUUGGCAUAACUAUAGCUUUGAUAAUCAUGUCUUGGAGAACUAUGGAUUUAAGGUCCAUGGAUUUCAUGCUGAUACGAUUCAUCUUGCUCGAUUAUGGGAUUCUUCAAGGCGUGCAGAAGGCGGCUAUUCUCUUGAAGCUCUCACAGGUGAUCCAAAGGUCAUGUCUGGCCCUGGCUUAACUGCAAAGGAUGAACUGAUUUCUGGAAAAAUAUCAAUGAAAACUAUAUUUGGCAAGAGAAAGGUGAAGAAAGAUGGGUCUGAAGGGAAACUCGUCACUCUUCCCCCUGUAGAAGAGCUACAAAGGAAAGAGAGAAUUCCCUGGAUUUGUUAUUCUGCCCUAGAUUCAGUUAGCACACUGAAGCUUUUUGUGAGCUUGAAGGGGAAGCUGAUGGCCAUGGGAUGGGUGCUGGAUGGAGUACAAAGGGGAACCAUGUACGAUUUCUAUGAAGAGUACUGGCGUCCAUUUGGUGAAAUUUUGGUUAGAAUGGAAUCUGAGGGGAUGCUGGUUGAUCGUUGUCAUCUGUCUAAGAUGGAGAAAAUAGCCAUUCAAGAGAGAGAAAUUGCCGUCAACAGAUUUAGGAAGUGGGCUUCUCAGUAUUGUCCAGAUGCCUUGUACAUGAAUGUGGGGAGUGAUUCUCAAUUGCGUCUACUUUUCUUUGGUGGGAUGCAAAACAGGAAGGAUCCCAAUGAAACUUUGCCAUUUGAGAAGACUUUUAAGGUACCAAAUGUUGAUGAGUUUAUCGAGGAAGGCAAAAAAGCUCCUGCAAAGAAUAGGACGAUUGUGCUUCGUAGCCUUGGUGUUGAGAUGCACACUGAGAUGUAUACACCGUCUGGCUGGCCCUCUGUUAGUGGAGAUGCUCUAAAAGCCUUUGCCGGAAAGGUCUCCUCAAUCCCUUAUGGUGCAAUGGAUGACAAUGAUGAAAAUCCUGUAGAUUCGGUAUUAGAAGAAGAAGAAGCCAAGCUCAAUGGGAAGGAGGCUUCAACUUCUGCUGAAAUAGAUACAUCUAUGUAUGGAAGUGCAUAUUCUGCGUUUGGUGAUGGCGAGAAAGGGAGGGAGGCAUGUCAUGCAAUUGCUGCUCUUUGUGAAGUUUGUUCAAUUGACUCCUUGAUAUCCAACUUUAUAUUACCCCUUCAGGGUGACCGGAUAUCAUGCGGGAAUGGACGCAUUCAUUGUUCUCUUAAUAUCAACACUGAGACUGGACGUUUGUCUGCUAGGAGGCCAAGUUUGCAGAAUCAACCUGCAUUAGAGAAGGAUCGGUACAAAAUUCGUCAGGCUUUUAUUGCGGCACCUGGGAACUCUCUCAUUGUUGCUGAUUAUGGGCAGCUGGAGCUGAGAAUCCUUGCACACCUGUCCAAUUGCAAGAGUAUGUUGGAUGCUUUCAAAGCUGGUGGAGAUUUCCAUUCAAGGACAGCCAUGAAUAUGUAUGCACAUGUGUGCGAGGCUGUAGAGGAAAAGCGUGUUCUUCUUGAGUGGCACCCUCAGCCUGGAGAAGAGAAACCACCAGUUCCUCUUCUGAAGGAUGCUUUUGGUUCAGAAAGAAGGAAAGCGAAAAUGCUGAACUUCUCCAUCGCUUAUGGGAAGACUCCUGUUGGACUUUCACGGGAUUGGAAGGUCUCUCUUAAGGAAGCAAAAGAAACAGUGAAUCUUUGGUAUAAGGAAAGAAAGGAGGUUUUGCGAUGGCAAGAAGAACGCAAAUCGGAGGCAGCCAACAAAGGGUGUGUUCAUACACUUCUUGGGCGUGCCCGGCGUUUCCCAUCCAUGGCUAAUGCCAGUUACUCUCAAAGAGGCCACAUUGAACGAGCUGCCAUUAAUACCCCAGUGCAGGGUAGUGCUGCAGAUGUUGCGAUGUGUGCCAUGCUUGAAAUAUCGAGGAAUUCUCGCUUGAAAGAUCUUGGUUGGAAGUUACUCUUGCAGGUACAUGAUGAAGUGAUAUUGGAAGGACCCACUGAUUCAGCAGAGGAAGCCAAGGCCAUAGUCGUGGAGUGCAUGUCCAAGCCAUUCUAUGGCACCAACUUUCUCAAAGUCGACCUAUCAGUGGAUGCCAACUGUGAACAGAACUGGUACGCUGCCAAGUAAGACUUGCAUUGGACCCCAUUCCUAAGUAUUUGGGUGGAUCCUUUGGUACGAGACCAAGAUUUUGUCUGGCGACACAAUUUGCUUUGGUUUGGACCUCGUCAGAAGCUAUUGCAACUGGCUUAUCAAUUGGGUAGUGGACUUCAGCCAGAAUUUGAGAUAUUUGGUGAAUAAGCUGCCCAAAUCUGUGAGAUUUUUGGAUUUCCGGCAUUUGUUAACUUCGCUUGAUGAUCUUCUGGCUGCAAGGUGCUUGAAGGGCUUUUUGAGAGGGCUGACUGCUUGCUUCUUUUUGACAGGGUUCAUAUGUUUUGCUUUAUGAGGUUGGGAUGGGUGAGUGGUAACUGGAAACAUGUAAAUGUAAAGUUUUGUACAAUUGAUUUAUAUCGGUGUUCUAAAAAUUAUCAGUCACCUAGAAAACUAAGUUGGAUUUUGCUGAUUCCUAGUUGGAUUGCCCGAUUUGGGGCACGCUUAAAUUAAUGUGAAAAAGAAAUCAUGAAAAAUUCUUGUA